GGCCGGGCUUGCAACAUUGUAGCGGCGAUGCCGGGGGCUCGCGGGCUGGUGCUGGGCGCGCUCUGCCUGCUCGGGGCCCUCGGCCGCCCGCCCGCCGGGCGCAGGGAGGUGUCCAUGCACUUCAACCCCGGCUGGAAUGACUCCUCCGUAAACCUGCUGCAUGUGCGAGCUGUGGGUGCCAACAGCACGCUGCACUACGUGUGGAGCAGCCUAGGGGUGCCUGCUGUGCUGCUGCUGUACACAGAGAACGAGCACAGCACCCUGCACAUCAACUGGACCCAGCUUCUCUCCCCUGAACUCGCUGGGGCCAUCUGGGUGGAGCCGCCCAGCAGCGUCCUCCAUUCCAGCGCCGUGGUCUUCACCAAGCUAUUUGAGUACGAUGGGGCCAAUGCGUCAGACCCAGCCCACGCACUUUUCUAUCGGCCCUACGACCUGGCCACCUUGUCCUGGGACAGCGUGAACCAGACCCUGAACCGCACGGCCCUGACAGCUGUCUUCCGAGGCACAGGCCCCCCCGGGACCUUCCACAACGGCAGCAUCGCGUUCCAGGUGACGGCGUAUGAGGAGAGCAGCCGGGACGGGCGUCUGCCGGGGCUGCUGCACACGGCCAACAGCUCCAAGCUGGAGUUCGUGAUGGAUGGGGUGGCCCCCCGUGGCAACAGCUCCCGCUUCAUGCUGGAGAUGGUGAUGGUGGAGGGGCCUGGCAGGCACCGGCGCCUGGAGUCCGUGCGCUCCAUUGAUGACGAGUACACGCCCACCAUCUUCGAGAUGGUGCAGCUGGUGUCAGAGCCGCAGGGCACCCACGCCGGCCCCGGCUUCCUGCAAUGGAAGACGACAGCAUAUGGGGCCCGUGAGGCCAAGCGGGAGAACGGGAUCCGGUGCCGCUACUCCCCACUGCGGGCAGUCAAUGGGACUCUGCCAGGGCCCAGCAUUGCACAUGCCUACUUUGGAAAGGACUUGGGUGGCCUGGCCGCCAUCAACAUCUCCUUUGGGGGUGAGGAUGGUGAGAUCUAUGCGGGCACUGGCUAUCUUAGUUGGUCAAUGCUGCUGGGCUUCGGCACGCCCCCUGAGGAUGCCUUCUCCCCACUUGUGGUGGCCAUCAUGGCAGUGGCGCUGGGCACCCCAGUGGUGCUGCUGGUGGCAGGGGCCAUCGUGGUACUGCUUUUCCAGAAGAAGCGCUACUCGGAGUACGAGCCCAUCAACUGACCACAGGCCCCACGUGCAGACCUCUCCCUCUCCACGGGCGGGAUGCCUCCCGGGCAACAGUGCAAUACUCAUACAGGCGACCCCUGUACCUGAAUGCCCCAUGUUUAACUGAGCUCUCAGAUGCCUUGAGCAACAAUCAUUCCUCUGUACCCCACUUCAUUCUCCCUUGAAAGCAGCCCCCUGCAGAGUUCCUGUGGCUGGGGACCAGCUGGAUCUGCCCUGGGAACUCGGGGGCAAUGCCUGGCACCUCCAAGCCAGUAUCCCCAGCAUCUCACUCAGUGUUUGCCCCCACGUGGGGGAUCAGUUCCUAGGUGCUUCCAG